AUGGAAGCUGCGAAAUUUAACUUAAGGAAAUGGAACUCUAACGACGUGGACGUAAGGCGAGAGCUUUCUACAGAGGAAGUAGGCAUAGCAGAGCAAAAAAUUCUUGGGUUGGCAUGGUGCACAGUAAACGACAAAAUUUCCGUAGAUGUAAAAUCUUGUAAUGAUUAUAUCCAAACACUACGAGCUACAAAACGUAACGUUUUAAAAGCAAUGGCCAAAAUUUACGACCCGUUGGGGCUAUUGGGCCCAUUCACGGUUAGAAUAAAAAUUCGACUGCAAGAAGUUUGGCGUCAAAAGAAAGAAUGGGAUGUCAUAAUGGAUGGCGAAACUCAGAGUGCAUUUUCACAGUGGCAAGAAGAGCUUGCAUUACUAGAAACUUUCUGUGUUGAUCGAUGUUUGUCAGCAGGCAGUGAAUCGAUAUUGGAAUUGCACAUCUUUUCUGAUGCGAGCCCGAAGGCGUAUGGAGCAGUGGCUUAUUGUCGACAAAUAAUGCCAACCGGACGAAUUCUCACUAAUAUUGUGUGCUCAAAAAAUCGAGUAAGCCCAAUUUCCGAAAAUAAUAAGGAAGUAGAAUUAACGUUACCUAAAUUGGAGUUAACAGCAGCUUUGAUGGCAGCAAGAUUGAAAGAAACCCUUGUAAAAAGCUUGUGCGUUAAAAUAUCCGCAGUUUAUUUGUGGACGGAUUCAAGUAUUGCAUUAAACUGGAUAAAUGGCUGUGGGCGAAAACCUAAACCGUAUAUAAAGGCAAGAGUAGCAGAAAUUAACCAAAUGUCGAACAUAUAUGAUUGGCAUCAUUGUUCCGGCAAGCUUAAUCCAGCGGAUUUGCUAACCAGAGAUGCGAGUAAAGUAGAAAGCGUUCCAUUUGAUGUCGAAAAUAACGAUGGUGCGGAGUAUGGGUCAGCCGAAGGAUCGGAUGCGGAAAACGAAAUUGUUGUUGAAAUAAACGCAUUCGAAAUAGAUGAGGGCGAUAAUGAUGAUGACGAAGAAAUCAUUGAUCAAGGGAAUAUGGUUCGAUCAGAGGACACAUUUCAGCAAGAAACAAUAUAG